CGCCGCCGCCGUUGCCCACGACUGCCGCUCCCCGACCGUCCGCUCCACUGCUUCCUUCUCGUCCGAUCAAGCAUCCAAGUUUUACGAUGGACAGAGGCAUUGAAUUUGACGUCCUCGACGCCCAUGGUACUGAGUACCAUCGUUGGGUCUCGGACAUAGAACAGACCUUCAUCGCUAAGGAUCUGACCGAGACCAUAUUCCCCGAUCCAGAUCAGGAACCGCCUAGCAAGAGAAAAAAAUCUCAGGCACUCAUGUUCCUUCGUAAGCAUAUCGAUCCCACACUGCGCAGGCAGUAUCAAUCCAAGCACGAUCCAAAAGAUCUGUGGGAUGCCCUUGCCGAACGCUUCGGCAACAUUCACUCGACCUUGCUCCCAGAACUAAUUGCUCACUGGGAUGAAAUCCGACUUUCGGAUUACAAGAAGGUGGAUGACUUCAACAGGGAUAUGCUUUGCCUACAAGCUCAACUGAGCUCAUGUGGAGUCGAGAAAAGUGAUGCCGGCAUGAUCGAAAAGACUUUCUCGACCUUCCCUUCAGUCGCUAAGAUCCUCAUGAACCAAUAUCGGCUUGAGUUCACAAAUAAGAGGAUUACUACAUUUAGCGGUUUAAUGACGCAUCUUCUUAUGGAAGCAAAGAAUAAUAUGAUCAAUGAUCAGCAAAAUUUGCGUCCUGUAGGCACCCGGAAAAUUCCGGAAUCUAAUUACAAUUGCAACCGGAGUAAGAAAGCUCCGAAACGCAAGGAUCAACAUAGGAAUGAACCUUAUGCACGUGGGAAUCAUCACCACAGUGCCUCUAGUUCUCGGGGACAAGGUAGCGGCUUUAGUGGCCGUACCAACUCAUGGCGUCGAGACACCGGUGCCGCCGGCCCCAAGGGCGGCGCCGCUCCUCCUCGGAAGCAGCAUGCUCGCUCUUCUUCUGCCUUUGAUGGUCAAUGCAACAGAUGUGGGUCCAAGGACCACUGGUCUAAAAGCUGUCGCGCUCCUGCAAAUGUUGUUGCCGCAUACAAGAAAUACAAGGAAUUGAUGGAAGUCAAUUCCACUGAAAACAAUGGAGUUGAACAUAAUGUUACCUUCAAGGUCGCUGACCCUAAUGGACAAUGUUCUGACUUAGAUGCCCCUGACUUUGACAUCACCGGCUAG